AUGGCUUCUGGAAGGCUCAUUAAGUUCGUGGUUUUUGAGCUCCUAGAGUUUGCCGCUUUCUCCAUCCCCACACUCGUGAUCACAGAACAGUUUGCCACCGCCUACCAAGGAACAAGGGCUAGAUCUGACAACACACACUACUGGCUGAUCGUCUCCUGUUCUAUUGCCUAUGUUGCGUUAGUGACUCUACUGAUCUGGGUUCCUGUAAAAGUUAUCCUGCACAAGAAACGUUAUAUUUACAGAAAAAUUAAAGGAUGGAGACCUGUUCUGAUGAUGUGUGUGGUCUUCACCACAGUGCCCUGCCUCACCUUUUCCAUAGCAGUGACUGAGGUUCAAAAGAGCAUUAAUGGAUCCGCUGAUGUCUUACCUGAUAUGUUACCUGACCUGCCUGUAUCUCUGGUUCUGUCAUCCCUGAUCAUGGUUGAUAUUAUUGAAAAGCUCAGGAUAUAUCCACUUAGAGGGAGUCAAAAGAGUAGCGAAAAUGGACACAUCCAUUCAACCUCUUUGCAACACAUAAAAACUGUGACGGAGCAAGUGAGGCAAAGUCACGAAAACGCUGCAUCUCCCCAGGCAACCAACAGCACCCAGGCGUCGCAGCCAUCAGGAGCCAUGACACUGAGCCAGGUGUCUGUGUUCAUGGGACCCCAGGAGCCCUCCUGUGACUCUGGAAUCCUGAGAAUGAUGUCCCGGCGAGAUGUCCGGGCAGAGUUAUUCUUAUGGAGCUUUCUCCUGUGGUCUGACACGAUAGAAAUGGUGCGUGUGGCUGGUCACCCCAACGUGUAUAAGUCAAGCUGGCUAUACCCAGUCUACAUAUUCAGUUUUAUUUCUCUCCUUCGAAUUACAUUCACUCCCCAAAACCCUCUUCUCAAUUCCCUGAGCAUCCUGCUGCAAGAUUUACCAUUCGUUUUUGUUAGACUUGGUUUAAUCAUUGCCCUGGGGACUAUCACACCCGUACUGGGCCUGUGUAAAAAUAUCCUCGUGACUCUCUCUUACAUUUACUUCAAUUACCUAACCAGACUCAGGAUUUUUUCUGCCUUCGAAAUGUCUCCAUUUUAA